AUGGGGGUAAACGGCAUUUAUAAUAAGGGUAUUUAUGAUAGGGGCAUUUUUGAUAAGGUCAUUUCUGAUAUGGGCAUUUAUGAUAGAGGCAUUUAUGAUGGGGGCAUUUCUGUUCUGGGCAUUCAUGGUAAGGUCAUUUCUGAUAUGGGCAUUUAUGAUAAGGGCAUUUAUGAUAAAGUCAUUUUUGAUAAAGGCAGAUAUGAUAGCGGCAUUUAUGAUAAGGGUAUUUAUGAUACAGGCAUUUUUGAAAAGGGCAUUUCUGAUACAGGCAUUUUUGAAAAGGGCAUUUCUGAUAAGGGCAUUUAUGAUAGGGCAUUUAUGAUAAGGGCACUUAUGGUAGGGGCAUUUAUGAUGGGGGAAUUAUGA